AUGCCUCCCACACCGCUCACCAUAGUCGUCGCUGCCACAAGCGCUACCCUCGGCAUCGGAAAGUCUGGGGGUCUCCCGUGGCGUCUCCGGAAAGAGCUGUCCUAUUUUGCUCGCGUCACCAAACGGCUCGUGCCUGAAGCCCCAAACAAGAAGAAUGCAGUCAUCAUGGGACGCAAAACCUGGGACUCAAUUCCAGCGAAAUUUAGGCCAUUACCGGACAGGAUCAAUGUUGUUGUGUCUCGGACCACAAACAAUUCUGUGGGAGAGGAUGCGGUGGUGUGGGCGAGAUCGUUAAAUGAUGCGUUGGUGGCAUUGAAGUCUGAGGGUAGCGGGGAGGUGGGGAGGAUCUUUGUCAUUGGGGGCGCACAGCUUUAUGAUGUAGCUAUGAGGUACCCCGGUACCACGAGUAUCCUCAUAACUAUCAUCGAUAAGGAAUUUGAUGUGGAUACCUUUUUCCCGGUGGACAUCAGGGAUCCGGCGAAUGGGUGGAAGAAGAGGACGCAUGGAGAGCUUUCAACGUUUGUUAAUGAGGAUGUUCCGGAGCAUAUGCAGGAGGAUGGGGUGCCAUAUGGGUUUGAACUCUAUGAGAAGGACCAAUAA